UUUAUUUGCUUCUGCCUGUAGAGAAAGCUGCAUGCAGUUUAAACGAAACAAUAGAAAUCCACAAGGAGAGUUUCACAGGCUUGACAGCAACAGAUGAAAAGUCAAAUAUCAAGGUCGAUGUGGAACUCUUGAAACUUGCAGAUCAUGAUACUGGCAGUACAGCUUCAGUUUCAGCAAUGGAGCCAGGAGGAUGUCAGAAGGCAUCCACAUCUCCAGGUGCAAACAGGAAAAGACGAUCUGAUAUGGAUUUAGAAGAUCUCCAACCACUUAAGGAGAAAGUCCUAUGCCUAAUUGCUCUAAAUUACCUCAAUACUAUACCACCACAGAGCAAGGAUGAACACAAUGAGUUUCAUGAAUACUUGCUAAAAAUGAAGGUCCUCAUUACAGGUGUUUCUGUAGGAAGUUUGGUGAUAACAGUAAAGUUUGACUCUCUCAAGAGCUUAGAGGAAUUAUGGAAAGAUUACUCAUGUGGCCUUUUGGGUAAGAUGGUUCAAGAUUGUUUUGUGACUGAAAAGCUCUUGAAGGAACUGAACCUGGUAGAGCUGAAGCUGAAAACAACAAUGGACAUGGAAGAGUGCAAUGCAUGCAAACUCCACUUUGAGAAGGAUGCACUCAGAGGUCAGUAA